GUCGUCGAUCUACGGCAAGGCAAACUGGUUCUCGGGCUUGAUUUAUCAAAUGUAAAAAUGUCUGGGUCUGGAAGAUUCUGCGACUUGUCAUGCAUGUCUGACGUGACUCGAGAAUCUGUAAGGCGUGGGAGCGAACCGGCUGUCCUAUCUGUCAUGCAAAAACGCAGUUUCUGAUGCGGAAUACGCAACACGUAGCCGCUCAAAAAUUUGUCAUGCUUGGCUGCGUAUUGCAGUCCGGCGAUCAUCCACUUUUAGCAGCAUUAGACCCAGACAUUUUUGCAUUUGAUAUGAUUCAGUUGGAAGAAGGCCGGCGACUGGUUCGCGCGUUGUCGAUAUGAACUGCAAAAGUAUCGUACUCGUAUAAACUCGUUACAAGUUUCCUCCGCGUGAGAAAUAAAAUUUGUUAUGCGGAUUUACGAUAAGAAAAGCAAGACUUGCAUUUAUACGAGUGCGAUACCUUUGCAGUGGAUAGUCGAUUAUCCAGCGGGCGCUGACGAAGGAGUUUUUCUGCAAGCGGUACGAAGUAUCACACAGAAAAAAGCCGGCAGGUCAACAUUUGUAAUGCAAAAAUAGAUACACAAUUAGAUCACGAAAAAAUCUGUAUUGCGUUGUAUCCUAAACAGCACGCUAUGGGGCCGCGCAUGACAGAUUUUUCUGCGUCUUUAUUUUUGCAUUACAAAUGUGCCCUGCCAGCUUUUUUCUCUGGGAUGCGAAAAGUCUGCUGUCGCGUUUCAGGGCGAGUGGACCACGGUGGAGAUAUCCUGUGCAAAAGUAUCGUACUCGUAUCAAUGCAAGUCUUGCAUUACAAAUUUUCUUCCCAAGGUAAAUCCGCAUGACAAAUUUUAUUUCUCAUGCUGAGGGAAUUUGUAAUGCAUUUAUACGAGUGCGAUACUUUAUUUGCAAUGCAUAAGAGAUGGCCCAGGUGGAUGUGGUAUAAAAUGCAAAUAUGUCUGGGUCUGGAAACCUGUGAUGCUGAAUUGAGCAUGAUUGAAGCGCUUGCAACGGCAGACAAGCAUGACAAGUUUUUGACACACUUGCUAAUGGUGCCUGGCACGCAUUAGAAGUCGCUUUUUUGCAUGACAAAGGAAGCUCCUCUUUUGCUGCUCAUGCAACACAGAUUUUCCAGAAAUGCAACACACGCAUUACAAGUUCCACUUUUCCCGACCCAGACAUAUUUGCACUUCAUAUGUGGUAUAUUGGGCGGUGUUCGGUCCCCGGCGUAGUCCUAGUCGCGUCACACCUGCUUCAGCUUCUGUAGGAACUACUCCAUCCUUUCAUCAGAGCGCUUCUGAAACCGUGGAGCACGACGACGGGGGCAAAACCAAAAAUGCAGGCUCCGCAUCAACAUCCUUUCUCACUUCCUUCCCCACAGCGGCCGCCAUCCCGAAACUGCUUGAGCAGCUGGAGCUGCAGGAAAAGCGGCAAAACCCCUUUUACUUCAACAUGCGCAAGGAGCUGGAGCGGUUUAAAAAACAAGAAGAAAGCACUAGGCGGACAACAACUACAAGAACUCUACGCAUUGCAAAAGUGUCUGGGUCUGGAAGAGUUUCAGGUUUGUCAUGCAGGUUUUCCAUGACCCAUGAGGGCUGGAGUGCAGGCCCUAGCAUGGCAGAUUCAGUAAGAUCUCUGGCAUGCCUGUUCUGCAUCAGAAACUCCCUCUCAGUUUGGUCAAAAGUGGACAACUUUUGGCAGUCAUGCAACACAGAUUUUUGCGUCAUCCAGACUUAGCAUGACAAGUUGCAACCUUCCAGACCCAGACGUAUUUGCAAUGCAUAAUCUCCUAUCGUGUACAAGAAGUUCGCUUUUCUCACCGUGCUCUGGUCAAAUUCUCCGAAGAUCUACAUCGACGCCGUCCUAUCCUGUGCAAAAGUAUCGUAUUCGUAUCUAUAAAUGCAAGUCGUGCAUUACAAAACUUUGUCUUACGGGAAAUCCGCAUUACAAAUUUUCUCUCUCAUGCUGAAGAAAUUUGUAAUGCAUUUAUACGAGUACGAUACUUUUGCAGUUCAUACGUCCGGACGCUAGCCCACUCGGCGUACCGGUUGCACGACAGAAGGUACCGAUUUCUGGUGAUCGUGCCCCCGGCGGAUGAGACGAAGAAAAGAGAGGCAUCAAAAGGAAAAAUCCCCCCUCCCCAUAUCGAAAAGGACAUUUGUGAUGCUGGAUUUGCGUACACAAAUCAGAUUUGUCUUGUAGUGAAGGACUGCAGGCCCAUGGCAAUCCGGCGUGGAGAAGUUUUGGCCUAGGCGCUCAGCAUGACAAAAGUCCAUGCUGUAGGCCCAACAGCAUCACAAACCGCCCGCAUAAUGCGGGAGGCCUUCUGAGUUUGCCUUCUUGCAAGACAGACACGACUUGUGACCACAAAUCAGCAUCACAAAUCUCCAAUAGUAUACCUUUUCAGUGUAGGGAGGGGGAAUUUUUCCUUACGAUAAGAGGACGAUACGGCUAAAAGCGAGUCGACGUCCGCCGCAGCUGCGUCGGCUCCCGCUGAAGACAGCAGCAACAAGGAAGCAAACGCUGAACAUCAAGACCCAGCAGCAGACUCAACAUCUGGCUAUGAGAGUUGUGCACAACUCCCCCUCCCCCUCAUUUGUAUGGCAUGAACAGCAAUACAAACAGCAGCACACAUGGAGCCUGUGCAUGACAAGUUUACUUCUUACCUGGGUAGUGUUGUAGUACAACUAUUUGGGCUCCUUCCGGAAUUUGUCAUGCAAACAGUGCCACAAGGCACCGACGGGAUUUGGGAUUUUGCAUGACAAAUGAGGGGGACAGGGAGUUGUGCACUGUCAAACUGGCGGUAGUAGUUCAAGUUCUAUCGACACCGCAUACCUGCUUCGCGAACCGAAUUUCAAUUUGGAAAUCUACCCGGUUUCGGAAUCCAUGGUCGCACCGCCGAACUACGGAGGCGGAAAGUCUUCCUGGUCUUGGUUCAAAGAGAGGAACAUCGCGAAGUCGGCCAUCGGGUUUUACAUGUGGAACAUGACCGAGUUCGAUGCGCUGGUGUAUCUGGAUGCAGACACACUGCUUAUCAAAAUGAAAAAUCCCCCCUCCUCAUACUUGAAGGAAGAUUUGUGUAGCAUGAUUUGUGAUCACAACAGACGCUGUCAUGCUAGAAGGGAAGAGAUGCGGAGUUUUGUAGGGCUGGCUGGCGUUGGUGUUGGAAAGCCUUGCGGCUUCAGCAUGACAGGAAGCAAGUGGAAACGGGAAACAGCAUGACAAGUUCCCUGCAAACUACGAGGGCGGAGCAACUACUGCGUCUCUUGAUGGCCUUCUAGCAAUACAAGACGACUUGUGUACUGGAACACUGCAAGACAAAUUUUGUUGUCGAUACGGGGAGCGGGGGGGAUGUUUCUUCGCAAUACUGCUGGUGGAACCGAUCGACGAGUUGUUUACUCUCGUGACGUAUCCUCUGCAAAAGUAUCGUACUCGUAGUAAUCGCAUUUAUGCAUUACAAAUCUAGUUCCUAAGGAAAAUCCGCAUUACAAAUUCAACUUGUAAUGCUGAGCCAAUUUGUAUUGCAAUCUAUACUAGUACGAUGCUUUUGCAAUUCAUAUGACGGACAGCAACGGACGGGGCCCGGAGGACUAUGAGAUAAAUCAGGGAACAAGCACCAAGAAGAGUGCAACAGCUGAAAUAAAUUCUUCUCCAUCUUCAUCUACUACCACGAGCGGAAAGCCGUCCUUUGCUGUGGCGACCAAUCUGAUGGCGCGGUUCUCUACUGGCGGGUAUCAAGUGCAAAUGUGUCUGAAUCUGGAAGAGUCAUGCUGCUUUUGCAUGACACAGAAGGUCUGGCAUGGAAGCUCUAGCAUCACAGGUUUUACUUCGCAUGGCAAAUGCCCCACUUUGGUGGCAAAAAGCGGGCAACUUAUGCUGCCUAUGCAUGAGAGAUUUUUAUGUGUUGCGAAAUGCGCGUCACAAGUUUAUUGCACUCUUCCAGACAUCCAGGGAUAUUUGCAAUGCAUAGCGGGUUGACCAACCCACGGGGGAAUUUCGAGAACAACGUUCGCUCGCUUUGGUUUCCGUACAUCAACAUUGCGUGUAUGGUGGUACGCCCGGACACGGAGGUUUUUCAGCACAUGAUGAAGGUCAUGCGGUUAUCAUGUGUAAAAACGUCGUCUCCUCCCAACACGACUAGUUAUAUGCAAAUCUGGAUGCCUAAAAUAAAUGUUUCUCUUGCUCAACCCCAUGAGGAGAGUUCUCUCCUGCUGUCUGGGACUUUGUCAACAUGCUCCCAUCAGUAUAGGGACCUAGAUUUGUGAUGCGGUUCCACUAGCCAACCACGACUACACUAAAAAGAGAACUUGUCAUGCGCAAGAACAGCCGAGCCUGGUUGAGUUGUGUUGCCGAGUUCCUAACGAAGUUGACUCUGGGGCGGGGACGUUGAUGUUACACAGUAUAGCGGGAACGGGAGUCCGAGCUGGACGUCAUACCGCAAGAACCUGCUGCUCCCGCCGCCACUUCAGUAGAAGUUCUCUCGUCCUCCUCGUCGGCCACCGCAGAAGCCGCAGCAGUGUCGGCUGCGGGGGCUCUAGAGGAGAACAUCAAAGCUGAUAAUGCUUCUAGUCCUGCUCUUGUCAGCAGCACUAGCCCACCAACGACCCCCACCACUGCAGAGCAUGUUUUUAAUGUUGACACCACAGCAACACCUUCCCCAUGGUCCUCCUCCUCGUCCCAGCAAAGCCAAAGCAACCUGGGGCAGUUUUUCGAGAAGGGUAUUCAUCAACCGUGGCUGGAUCACUAUCUGAUGAAAUUUUCUGUGCGAGCUGGGUAUGCGGGUUGGGAGAGGCGCCACACUGGCGAGGGGAAGACGAGCAUAAUGGAAACGAGCGGUGGAGCGUGGACAAGAUCCUCAGCGAGGAGAGCUACAGCGAGCACAUCGGAUGAUCACGUCGAAGAAGUAAAGCACUCAAUCUCAAGUAGAAGAAGUACCACUUCUAGUGUCGUAAAAAAAGAAAAUCAAAAUGAACCUUUCACCCCCGUCUCCAAACUUUCGUUCGCCGGGUGCGAAAAGGACUUCCACGCCGAAUAUUUUUUGUCCGAAUGGCUCCAGAAGCAGAAACGACUGCACGCGACGACAGCAGCCGCGACGCCCCAGCAGGGUACUACAAAAACUUCUGAGGCACCAGCAAGAAUAGAUUCUUGGCCGCAUGACGUCGACCUCCAGCAGAGAUCUUCCAAGAUAAAUCGCACCAGCAUGAUAUCCUGAGUAAAAACGUCCCCACACCAUAGUCAAGUUGGGGAAUCGGCUAGACAAAUCCAGAAGUUUUGGCUGUUUUGCAUGACAAAUUUGGAUUCGUAGUGUAGUGCUGUUUGAGCUAGCUUAGCAGCAUCACAGAUCUAGCAUACCAUGCUGGUUGGAGCAUGACAAAUUGCAAAACACGAGUGGAAAUUUUCUCAUGGGGCUCCGCAUGAGAAACAUUUUCAGCAUGCAGAUUGGCAUUACAACUAUGGGGUGGGGACGUUUUUAAAUAGGAUACAUGAUGGUGUUUUCCACGCAGCACGGCCACCGGACGGUGAAAAGUCUACCGAAGACGGGGAAAGCAAACGACUGGCAUAUUACAAUGAAAAAUGCCCCCACCCCUGAACGUGGCAGCAUUUGUAUUGCAAUCCUUUCAUCCAGUAGAAACAUUGUCCGUCUUGCAUAUAUCAGCAUCACAAAUUUGCCAUGCUGAAUGGCUCAAAUUUGUGUUGCGCAAGAGCCCAGCAGCAGCCUGGCCUGUCAUGCAAAAGAUGCCGUAACCGCCUAGACUCUGCAACAGAAAGAUUCAUACUCCUUUCAUGCAUGACAAAAAGUUUUCAUUUGGAAACUUCGCAUCGCAAAUUUUUACAACUUUGGGGGUGGGGGCAUUUUUCCUCGCGAUAUGGCAAGUCCGCGUUUUGCAGGAGGAUCUGAAGAAAGAAGAUAUCAACCGCUGGGCGCGAUUCAAAUGGGUCACCGCCAGCUCUAGCGAGUACUACGACUCGGAUUAUCAAAUGCAAACAGAAACAUGUCUGGGUCUUGGAGGUUGCAAGACUUGUCAUGCAGGUUUAAGUAUUUCCAUGACGCAUGUUGACGUCUGUCAUACAUGUAUGAUCUAGCAUGACAGGUUCUGUGCGACCUGUCUCGUGCCUCGCCUGCAUCAGAAAGCGCCUCCCGGUUUGGUCAAAAGUGGACAGCUUUUGGUAAUCAUGCAACACAAGUUCCAGCGUUCCAGACCCAGAGAUCUUUGCAAUGCAUACGGACUUCGAGUUCACAACGAGCGACGGCAUGUAUGACAGUGCACAACUCCCCCUCCCCCUCAUUUGCAUGGCAUGAGCAGCAAUACAAACACCAGCGCACAUGGAGCCUAUGCAUGACAAAUCCAUGUACCUAAAUGUAGUACUGUUUUGGCUUCCAGAAUUUGUCAUGCAAGCAGUGCUACAAGGCAGCAGCUGGAUUUGGGAUUUUGCAUGACAAAUGAGGGGAAGGAGUUGUGCACUCCCAUAGCAUGACCACCAGGUUCCACCUGCACGAGCUCUACCAGAUGCUGGGAGGGCUGGAUAUGCAUUGCAAAAGUAUCGUACUCGUAUAAAUGCAUUACAAAUCUCCUUAGCAUGGGAAAUAAAAUUUGUAAUGCGGAUUUGACUUGACAAGAAAAUUUGUAAUGCAUGACUGCAAUACGAGUACGAUGCUUUUGCACAGGAUACUGGACGUUGGGAAACAAAGAUUGAAAGAGGCGACCACACUCGUGGUGCAAGGGGUAAAAUUGAAUAUUAUCCCACAAGAAAAGUGUUUCACUGUGAUGAUUGUGCAAGAUCUGCAUCACAAGUUUCUUGCACAUGACACAGAAAAUUUGCCAUGCGCGCUUCCAAAGGGAAAACACCGUUAAAGAGACAAGGUCUUGCAGGUUUAGCAAGACAAAUAGUUCUGUGUUGCAUUCUAUGCAUCACAAGUUCACAGUGAAACAGUUUUUUCUUGCGAUAAAUAUUUCGGGAAGUGUACUGCUCCCGCCGCCACAUGAUCUUCAGUAUCAAAUGCAAAUAUGUCUGGGUCUGGAAGAUUCCGUGAUUUGUCAUGCUAGUCUGGCAUGACUCUGAGCUCUGUAUUGCGUGGCCGCGAAUAGCUCCUGCAGCUCCCUGUCAUGCAAAAACGCAGUUUCUCAUGCGGAAUACGCAACUCAGAAACAUGAAAAAAACCUGUCAUGCUUGGGAGCGCAUUGCAGUGAGCUCACUAUUCCCUUCCUUGCAUCACAAGUUUCCAGACCCAGACAUAUUUGCAAUGCAUAUUCAGAGGAUUACAUCAACAGAUCCGCUGGACAAAGUGGACUUGAAGUCCAUCGUAUCACACAAAAAAAAGGAUUACGUUUGUUUGCAAUUUAGCAACACAAAGGUGAAGGUCUCUGCAUGGGAGAGAAAACCUGUAUUGCGGAAAUCCUACGGGAAUACACGUACACAGCUUCUAUGCAUAUCCGGCAUGACAGGGCCUGUCUGUCUUGCUAUGCCUGCAACAUCACAAUGUGUAACUGUAACACUUUUUUCUUGUUGGGAUACAUCAAUCCGAACCUCGUGGCGUUCCAUCGCCGCUACAAGAUAUGCCUUGCAAAUAUGUCUGGGUCUGGAAACCUGUGAUGCUGAAUGGUCAUGAGUGAGCGCGGCUUUAAGUGCAGCGACGCAUGACAAAUUUCUCGAACGCUUUCUAAUGCGUAGUGCGCAUUACAAACUGCGAUUUUGCAUCACGAAAGAGUUGUGGCGCUUUUGCUGCUUAUGCGCAACACAGAUUUUUCACGAAUGCAAGGCACGCAAUACAGGUUCAACCUUUCCAGACCCAGACAACAUAUUUGCAUUUGAUACAAGAAAGCUGACUACCACUGCUUGCUCGAUUAUGGCGGUGUCAGGAUCGAAAUCGACUUCGACAAAAUCGAAAAAUUUGUGAUGCAUAAAAUGUAGGGCGCGUAUGGCCUGUGUUGGGAAGCAGGCAAAUGAGACCGAUUGUAAGCCUGUUGAGGGGUAUCCAAUGUGCUGCCAGGGUAGCAUGACAGGAGCUACCUGCUUUGCCCAAACAGCAUGACCGGCUUGAUUUGGGUGCUCGCGAAAUUUGUCAUGCGCCACUUGGAAACUGAGGCUCCAGCUGACAGCGAUUUUGUGCAUCACAAGUUGUUCGAUUUUGUCAAUUUCGAUUCUGACGCCUCCAUAUCGACCACGCUUACAAUUUUCAAGUGGAGGUAAAAACCGCGAUGCAAGUUUUGGACCAAGCGGUGGAACCCUGGGGCCAUUUGUCUUCCUGGGCGCGCAGCAACAGCGAAAAGGCAGAGGAGAAUGUGAUGAAAGGUGAGAAUGGAGGUGGUGCAGAAGUAGUAGAGACAACGACAAGUGUAGUAAACGCGGAAGAAGCAGCUACUGUUGCAGCUACACCAACUGCACCAAAUGACGUAGCGGAGCCAGCGCCGCAAGAGACCAGUAGUACACAGGAGGGGGUCCCCGUGCGGGAAGAAGAUGCUCUUCAGGCAGGUGGAACAUCUUCAACACCAGCGAAAAUAACCUCUAGCACAACUUCCACGAUAGCUCCUUCUAGUAGCGCUCCAACGAGUAGAACAGGUUUUUCCCUUGAGCAGGUGCGGCGAAAGCGUCUGGUGAGGGAGCUCUUAGCUGUACCUGAAACAACAAGAAAUAUAGUACCAAAAGAUGAUCAUGAGUCAAAAAGAGGCACAGGAGAACCAUCAACGACGACGAGCAUCAACUUGGCAAGGCUGUCUUCCCUACUGCAAUAUGAAUUGCAAAAGUACUUUUAUCGUACUCGUAUAAAUGCAUGACAAAUUCCCUCAGUGUGAGAAACAAAAUCUGUAAUGCGGAUUGACCUUGAGAGAAAAAUUUGUAUAUGCAUGACUGCAAUUACUACGAGUACGACUGCGAGUGCGAUACUCUUGCACAGGAUAUGCAACUCAAUGAGAUCGAUGCAGUGGAGGAACUUUCCGCGAAGCAGCAGGACCUGGUAUCAAGGUGAAAAAAUCCCCCACCCCAUAUCAAAAAGGAAAUCUGUGAUGCGGGAUUUGUGUAAACAAAUCACAUUUGUCUUGCAGAAAAGCACUGCACGCAGAGCGCAAGCCUAAGGGGGGGCCUUUUGGUGUAGGGGCCUAGCAUGGCAGACGUAUGCCCUGCAGGCCUUGCAGCAUUACAAAUCGCCUGCAUAUCGCGGCGGACUCUCUGGAUUUGCCUUCUGGCAAGACAGACAGGCUCUGUGGUCCCAAAUCUGCAUCACAAAUCUUCGGAAGUACAUGUUUUCCAUAUGGGGAGGGGGGAUUUUUCCUUACGAUACCUGGGGCCGGGGUUUGAGAAUCGGCUCUUCGAUCGCAUUCGCCAGCUGUACAGGUUGCAGAGAAUCAACAACGAAGUCAACAGCGCGAGGACUUCCGUUAGUGAAGAUGGACGAGGUGGUCUGACACAUUAUGGCGCAUCAAGAUUAGACCACCCGCGAUCUGAUGAUGUCAUGCAGGGCGAGGCACCAGACAAUCCUUCUGUGAGGAUGCAGACUGAGAAGCAAGAUGAUUACAACGACAUCAUGAA